GCUUGAACUCGGGUCCUUGCGCUUGCACAGCAGGCGGCGAAACCACUGAGCUAAAUCCCCGGCCCCCUUCCUUCCUUUCUUUUUGAGACAGUCUCUCUAGUAGGUAACUCAGGCCAGCCUCAAAUUUAAGAUCCUCCCACCUCAGCCUCCUGAGUGCAGGAUUACAGCCGUGUACCCCCACCCCGCCAUGCCUACCCGUUAAUUAUUGAAGUGGUUUCCAACUCAGAAAAGUUGCAGGAAUCCGAAGCCCUCUGCUCAUCCUUCAUCCGAGGUGGACAGGCAGCCUGACGUGCCCCCCACACUCAAGAGUGAACCACUGUUUCCUUGCUGAACUGCUGGAGAGUUAAAUGGCAGAGACACUGGGUCCUGACUGCAGACGUAUCACGGUGUCUCUGAAGACCUCAGGACUGCAGGACCAUCCCAGAUGAAACACACGCCCAUGAUCAAAGUCAGGACCUUAACGCUGACCCCACGCUAUGCCCAAGGGUCAGUGCUUCUUUGGCCAGUUUUGAUUACUUUUCAGACAGACAGAAGUGUGCAGUGAACUCUGCCUUCUGGCUCCGGGGAGACUCUUGUCCCACUGCAUGGCCCGCCUCCUCCGCCCCGCCUGCCUGGGCUGCUGAACCGUGCAGCCCAGACCUGGUCGCCUGUGAGGCCUGCAGCGCUGGACUGAGAUGAGCAUUAAAUCUGUGGCUGGGCUGGAACCAACUUUCUUCUCUGGAGCUCAUGCAUGGCAGGCGGGUGCUGUACCACUGAGCUACGCACCAGCCCUGAAAUCAGCUCUCACCCAGAUAGGCAGGAGGGAGCAGCAUCUUCUGAAGGGUGGUCCCAGUCAGGUCUGUGUGAGGAGGGACCCAACCCCAGGGCUGCCAGAUGGGGGCCCAGUGUGGGGAGCAGAGGAGGCUGCCACACUCUGCCCCCCAGCCCUGAAGCCCUGCGCCUCUUGGGACUCCUGACACCCAGGUCUGCCUGGUGGUGGAAAAAGGGCUCCAGAGUCUGGAGUACCGAGUUCGAGUCCCUGUUCUACCACUUGUAGCCCACAUGGCCUUGUGCAGAAUCUCUGUGGCUUGGUUUCCGGGCCUGGGAAACAAGGGUAGGAGCUGUUGCAACCCCACAGGACUGCUGUGAGAAGGGGCUGCGGGUGCAGGGGCUCCACACAGAGCUGGGCACAUGGCGAGGACUCUGGAAAGGUGCUGGCUGUCCUGCAGGCCCAGCCUUGCGUUCGCUCCCUCCAGCCAUCCUCCCCACCCAAGAGAGACUCUGUCCAUAUCCUGUUCAUUAGCAACCCCACCCAGCUUUGAAAAAUUGGAGUGCUGAGCCACACGCCAGACCAGUUACCACGCAUCUGCAGGGCGGGACCCGGGCAAGCACAGGUUCGGAGCGCUCCCACGGCCUUGCUCUGUGGCCAGCUGCGGUGAGUGCAGAGUCUUGGUCGGCAGGGCCAAGGAAGCCCAAGACUCUGCUCUGCACAGGCCCGGGAGGCCCAGGGUGCUGCCAUCCCUGACUCCACUGGAGGCCCAGCAUGGCACUCAGCCCUUCGUCUGCCCCUGGGACAGCCCCAGGGCCCGCCGGGCUCACCCUUCCACGCUGCCGGCUGUAUCUGCUGCAGGCCCCAGCCUCUUCCCUCUUCUCCCCGCUUUUCUCCCCUGCCCUCCGUCCGGCUCUCUGGGCUCCACUCCCCAGCACACUGACCCACUGCAGCCUCCCACGUUCCUGGCCAUCAUGGUGCACAGAUCCCCAGGGGCUUCUGAGUGGACCUGAGGGGCCGCCUGCCAGGCCACAGCCAGCAGACUUGCAGGGCCCCCGGCAAUGGGGGGGACAGGCAGGCAUCGCAGCCCUGUACCAUCUCAGGGUGUCUGCAGAGCCGGUGGCCCAUUGGGGGUCACCGUACCCCUAGUUGCCCUGUCAGCCUAGCUCAGGGCCUGGCACACGGUGGCCUCCAGAUGCGAAGGAACAGCUCGUCACCCAUCCAUCCUCUCAGGUGCUGGGACCCUUCAAAGGGAAAUAAAUCCUUUCGAGCUCCACAGGCUGUGGCUAUGGCUCCACAACUGCCAGGAAGCUGAGCGUCCUGGGGCAGCUGAGCCUUGCUCUCCACCUCUGUAGAAUGGGGCACAGCCUACCUUGAAGGGCAGAGGAUGGGGGACAGGAGCACACAGGGCUCUUGUUUACCAGUGACUGGGGUUCUGAGGACACGUGGUUGCAGGGGCAUUGUGGAGCGUGGCUUGGGAUGAUUCUAAUUGACAGGAACUGGGUCCACACACCCUUCAUAGCUCCAUUCCUUAGACCUCCACCAGUCUUCACAGAGCAGGCCAAGUGGCUGUAGUAGGAAGGCCCCACCCUGGCGGCCUGGCCAGGGCUCCUCUGUCCCUGAGACCCUGUUCUCUGGGCUCUGUCCAGAAAGACUCGGUGGUUUUGGUUCGGCCUGUCAGCCUCGGCCACACCCUUGCUCUGAAGUUCACCGAGUGCAGCCCCAUGUCCCAGGCUCAGGUGUACUUAGCUUUGAGGCGCCCGCCUGGAAGGUUUUCUGAAUUUUGGGGCAAAUUCAGCCCAGGUGCAGUCAGUAGCUGCUGCAGCCUCACGGCGGGUCUCCGCCACUGCUCCUGUUGUGCCGAGCAGGGCUGGGGUGGGGGCUGGCCACACGCGCCUCGCUGAGUGCUGUCCUUUCUCUGCAGGCCGGAAACGGCGCCGACAUGGGGCUUAAGCUGUCCUGCCUAAAAGGCUUUAAGAUGUGCGUCAGCACCAGCGGCAGCCAUGAUGAGGGCCCCGUGCUGAGCGGCAAGUACCUGGAUGUGCCCAACAUCAUCAUCACGCCCCCGACACCCACGGGCAUGAUGCUGCCCAGGGACUCCAGGCGCACAGACUGGCUGGACAAGGCGGGGUCUUGCCUAGAUGACGCAGAGCUGGACCCCGAGGCAUGAGGAAUCCUUCUGCAUGGACCUGCACCGUGCUCAAAUCCUGGCCUUGGCUGCUGGGGCAGAUGUGCUGAACAGCUGGAUGGGGACUUGGACCCAGGGGUGGCAGAGUUAGCUCGAGCCCCAGGCCCCAGAGCACUGCGGAGAGGACAGACGCCGGCCAUUCUGGCUGUUGCUGGUCCCCGUGAGGUGGGGCGGAGGAGCCUGCCGCGGCCUUGACGAUCCUGCGGGUGCAAGCGGACAGCAGCUUCCAGAGGAACUCAAGCUCCCAGACCUGGCCCCCUCAGGUCACCGCAGCAAGAACUUCUGGAGAGAGGAGUGACUCUGUUUUUUACGAGUUGUUUAACAGGCUCUGAGGCAGUCCCGGGUGAUUUAUAAGUUCUUUUUUGCAUUAUAAACAGAGUCCAUGAUGAAUGGGGACUCGGACUUCACCCAGGGGGAGAGCAGAGAACCGCCCACUACGGGUCUGGCUUUGGGGGCUCAGGCCACGAGGGCCUCCCUCAAGUCCCAGCCAGGACCCCGCCAGCUGUGGGGCUGGUGACAGUUGUCUCCAGGACGGGGCAAUGCAUUGUUUAAGGGAACACGGAGGCCUUGGCAUCCUCGUGUCCCCAGAGACCACGCUGACCUGGGCUUGUGCCACUGUGUUCACUGCUUGGUUUUCCCACUGUCCCCGGAGGCAGAGCCUGAGCCAAGGACUGGGUGCAGGGGGUGGUUUGGGAGCACCAGGGGCACCAGCAGGGAUGGGCUGCUCGGUCACUGCAAGCUACACAGACCACAGUUGGCAAAGGGCAGGGCCAGGACGGACUGGGCCAGGCCUCCUUGUCCCUCCCUGUGGAGCCGUGGACAGCACCUGGCCCUCCUGCCUGCGACGUGUGACAGCUCCCUGAGUCUGGCUGUCCAGGGUCUGGUAGAGCUGAGUCACGUGGACACAGCUAACCUCAGCCACUGCCCUCAGAGGCCAAGCAACGUCAGGUGGCUGAGGCCUCACUGUGAAUCACACUGUACCAUCGACUCUGGCGUGCCCCGAGCCCUGGGGGGGACAAAGACAAUCAGGACACCCCAGGGGUGACAUGCAGAGCCAAAGGCAAGGGCUCCCUCCAGGCCCCUCCUGCUCCAGACACGGGCAGGGAAGGGGCAGGUCCCACAGAAGGGCUGUGGAGCCAGUGACCUCUGGGACACCUCACUGAGGUCCCCGGGGCCUGGGGAGGCCUGUGAGCCCCCAGCCUCCUCCCCACUGAAGGCAGCUCCUUGAGGUCUGCACCCUCCCUGCCCUUCCCUCCUCACUGGCCGAGCUGUUUCAGAGCGAGCUGCCCUUCCAGCUGCAGAGAACACAGGACACACACGGGAGGCAGAGGCUGGGACUGGGAGGGCUGGAUGUGUGUCCUGUGUGUCACACAGGGAGGCCUCACAGGCUGUGCUUGGUUUCAUGUCCUGCCCUUUCACCUCAAUCCACGCCGGGCCCUGAGGAUGCAGCACUGGCCGCGCCUGCAGCCCGGGGGAACGUGUCCUCUGCAGAGUCUCAGCCCUUCCCACUGCCUGCAGUGGCAGCGGAGCCCUGGGGUGGUGCUGCCUGCCCCACACAAAGCCAUCCUCCUCCCAGCUGUACCCUCCCGGCCCUCCCAGGAGCUCCGCUGGGACCCUUUGGCUCCUGGCUCCUACGCCUCGGCCACCCCAGUCUCCAGGUCUCCAUGUAGGUGUCACCUGUAGAUAAUAGUCACCACCAGCUGCAGUUCUAUGGGACCUGGCCCUGGACAGCAGCCCGCCAACCCCGGGCACUGCUGGGCCUCCGAGCGGCUGCUGCUCCUGGCUCCACCCCAUGGAUUCGCCUUUCCUCCUCUCCAAUGAGGUGUAAAUGGAGCCACGUGCCCCCACUUUAGUCCGGGGGAUGCUGGGGCUGGGCACACAGGCCAAGGGGUCCCCGCAUCUCCCCAGCUCUGCUCGGCUGCCUGCCGAGGCUGAUGGAGCUCUGUGCCCAGGCUUUUAGUGCCCAUGGCAACAGGCCCAGGGCUGUGAGCCGCUUGCUGGUGGGGGCGGGGCCAGCUGGGCUGCACUGCCAGAUUUCCCCAUCAGGCUUCCCUUGGGGCGGGGAUGGCAGGCCCCCUCCAUCCCGUGAGCAAGGGUCCUGGGCCUGGGCCUCUACACCAGUGCUGCAUUUCCAGCCUCUUGCAGCCAGAGGUCUCACCCCAGGCAGCAUCUCAGAGAAGGGAGCACUGGGAGGACCCUGCCCUGCGCCCCACACCCAGCACACGAUAGAAGUCCUCUGCGUGCUCCUGUGUGGGCAGGGACGAGACCAGGCAGGCCGCCCUGCAGCCCUAGUGCCCUCUUAUGAGCCAGGAGAUGAGGGGCAGAGCGAGGGCAAGCUUUGCUUUGUCAUCCGAAACGCCUUUGUGCCGCGUGACCUUGGACAGUCUCAACCUCUCUGAGCCUUUCCUCCACCUGUGAGGUGGGCACGGUGACCAUGCCUCCCUCGAGAGCAGUGUGUGAGGGCUAAGGAAAACGCCCCACAGGACACACAGACAUUGCAGUCGGCAGGUCCCUGCCUCUGGGCCUUGGCUUGCCACCGGGGUCGAGGACCAUGUGAAGCUGAGGCUCACGCUGAGCUCACGGAGCUCUGAACCCCCCAUGGACUGAUCCACGACAAAGUCAGAGCUGGCAGUGUCCCUCACUGCCCGAAGCCCUGUCCCAGCACCACUGGGGACCAAGCCCAUGAUACAGCAGCCUUGAGCGACACUUCCUAUCCACACCAUGACCCUUGCCCUCAGUGGAGACGGGGUCCGAAUUCAGAUCCCGAGUCAGGAGUCUGGGACGGCGUCUGAAGUAUUUUGUGUGAGUGUGUGUGUGUGUGUGUGUGUGUGUGUGUGUGUGUGUGUGUGUGAGAUAGAUACUGGGGAUUGAUCCAGGGGCUGCAUCCCCAGACAUGAUUGUUGUUGUUGUUGCUGUUAUUCUAAGACAGGGUCUCACAAACUUGCCCAGGCUGAACUCAAACUUGUGUCCUCCUGCCUCAGCCUCCUGAGUUUCUUUCUAACAUUUCUUUCUUUCAUUUGUUUGUGGUGCUGGGGAUGGAAUCCAUGGCCUAGAGCAUGCUAGGGAUCACUGUCCCCUGAGUGCCACCCCCAGCCCCACUGAACAGCUCUAAGCAGAUGCAGGGGCUCCCGCUGAGGGUCCAGGCCCACCCUUGAGUGGCAGGCUGCACAGCCACCCAGAGAUUCUCAGCCUGCCGAGCCCCCUGGCUGCCGGCAGCAGGAGCACAAGCCAGCUCCCUGCUGGUGCCCUUCUUACACCCUGCUCCCUGCCCACUGUCUCCUGUCUUGGCCUUACCUAUAACCCUCUUCCUCCUGGACCCCUUCUUGAGCCUGCUUCCCAACCAAGACAACCUUAUCCCCGCAUACCCUCCACUCAUGGCAAUCUGGAGCAGCCACUGCACUCCAGGCCCCAGUCCCGCCGUGGGAGCAACAGUGCCAGGUGAUGCUACUGCUGGCCCGUGGGCUUAAGCCCUCUGAAGCACCCCGAUGGCCCUAGUGUUUGUUGGCUGUGACACAAAGCUGGAGCCCCAUUAAGGAGGGGAUGCUCUGCAGGUGGGGUGCGUGCCUCAGGGCUGGUCCAGCAUGAGGACGACUUAGGAACCCAGAACCCAGAACCUUGCUCCCCAAGUCUUACUCUGAGCCUGUUCUUUCGUACAUGCUGGGGCUGGCUGCUGAGGUCUGUGGUUCAUCUCACGCAUUUUUAACGUCCAAGCCAAGAAUACCGAUUAAAGCCAACGAAGAAAACGCUCCGUGAAUGCCUCCCCCAAGUGUGUCGUGUUGGGUGGCCCCACUGGGUGACAAAGCCUGUUAGCCCUGACCGGGUGUCCGGGACAGUUCCCAGGUUCCAAGACAGGGAACGUUCUGGUCUCCCAACUUGAGAUGCAGGCUGUCUUCCUCCAGGGAUGAAGCAGGGAGGGGAGAAAAGUGUGAAAGCAGAUGGAAAUGUAAUUUUUUAAUGACAGCAGCAGAUGGCAAAAAGACACAAGAGUGUAUUCACACCAUGUCGGAGGCACACGAGAGCGCCUGGCCCCACAGUAGCGCACGUGGUGGGGCUGUUAUGUGGGCCCUGCUAGGCCUAGGGGGCAGCCAGCUGCAGGGAGGGCAGGCGCUGCCAGGCGGUGUGAGCCACAGGUAGGCGGGAGAUACCCGUGGCCACCUGCAUGGAUCCGGAUGGCUCCUGCCCCAAAGGAUGCUGGAUGCAGACAGGCCUUGUUCUCUGCAAGUCCCGUGGCUCCCCUGGCCCCUGCUGGAGUAACACAGGGGGCUUCCCUCCAGAGAUUCCCAUUCUGCAUUUCUUUUGUGCUGCUGUGAUUGUAUUUCUGGCCCCUUCCUUAGCUCAGUGACAGACACUGCCUGCUUUUCACCACUGCCUCUCAAGUUCCCCCAAGACAACAGGAGAGAGGUGUGGCAUCAGCUGGGCUGGGGGGGCUGAGAGCCCCGGUGCCCAGGCUGCCCCCCACCCCCGAGGCUCUGAUUUCCUCAGCCCAGUGAGGCUAAGGCCAAGAGGUGGGUGACUGUGCUGCCCACGGAGACUGCCAGGUCCUGAGGGUCUCCCCCAGUCCUACCCUUUGAUGCCUGGAAUCCUCUGCUUUCUUGGCCCACGCACAGUCUCCUUACUCACAGUAAGAAAGUCCGAGAAGUCAGAGGCUGAGUUAACACAUUGUGUGCCGUGGACCCCAGGGGCCUCCCAAACAGCUCAAUCCCAGAGUGACCUGGGCACUACCCCCUGGGGAGUUCUUGUCCCAAGAGCUGGCAGUGCAGACACCAGGAAGCAAGUGGAGCAGCUCAGUCCCCAUUCUGUUCCUGGACUGAAUGUGCUCUCUUGCCAGAGCUCGAUUUCCCCUGUGGUGGGGCCUUCCACUCUGGGCACUGCAGAGCAUUUCUGUGGGGUGGGGGGAGAUCAGCUGCCGUAAAAUGGGAUGUAUGCGAUGUCCGAGUGGAUGGCUCCCUUUGGUGAACUAUUCGGGUGGUCCAAAUUCUAAUGGAACCAAAAGAUACAGUAGAGCUAAGAUCCUAAGGAAAAAAUUGGCUCACAGAUUCAGGAUGGUUAUUAUAGUGUUUUAGGGAGCUGGGGACUUCAUAAGAAAUGAACUUUUUUUUUUGGUACCGGGGAUCGAACUUGGGACCUUGCACUUUCAAGGCAGGCGGUGGAACCACUGAGCUAAAUCCCCGGCCCAAGAGAUGAACUUUUAAAAAAUAUUUUUAUUAAUACAGGCACUAAUAUACUAUGUCGCUUGCAAGACAUAAUGAUUGUAUUCAUCACGGGGAGCCAGUGCAUGUAUAUAAUAUAUCUUAAUUCUUUUUUAUCCCUUCCCCUCCCUUUCCCUUUUGCAACUUGUAGCCAGAUGUGGUAGUGCACACCUGUAAUCCCAGCACUCUGGGAGCCAGAGGCAAGAGGACUGCAAGUUCAA